AAUUUUUAUUCAAAAACCAUCAUGAGAAUUUUUUCAACUCUCCUCAAUUUAAUACGCAAAAAUUUUAUCACUUACUUCACUUCUCACUUGGAAGGUGUUAUGUCACUAUGUAGCGUUCUCGUUAUCUAAAGAGCGCGUAUGCUACAAGCUAUAAAUGACACAAAUUAGUCAUAAGGACAUCCUGCUUUACACACGUCUUGCGUAAAACGCCAAGUAUAACCUCAUCCUUUGCGUAAUUGCCAAUUCGACGAAAUAUUGCCGAAUUACUAAGCGACACAUUCGUCAGUUUUGUGGGGACAGUUAUGAGCGGCAUUGAAAGGCACCAGAUCACUUUCGAUUUAAGAGUUGUAGAGUUCGGGUCUAACUGGUGUGUUUCACAGUUGUAGAGAAAGUAAACAGGAAUGAAAUUAUUUGAUUUAAUUUAUGCCACUCUCCGUUUGAAAUACUACACGUCACCGGUGCGAUGGGUCCGGAGAAAAUCCUCGAGUUCCGAGUCUGAGAGGAAUUGUUACAACGUGCAAACCUCCCAAGUGACAACUGAGCGAACAACCAACAAAAAAGACAAAAAAAAGAUUCAGGAUAAACGGCGGAGAGUGUGCGAGAAGCGAAAUCCUUUGCUGGACCGCGUGAAGAGUACCAGAUUGAGCUUCUUCAAGGACAGGGAUUCUGACGAAGAGGAUGACAACGAGCACGAAAACGAGGAAGAUGAGAAUGACGAGGCGGAGCGUGUUCAAUUCCGUUCGAUGUGCGAAUUGAGGCAUCGCGGUCUCAUCAGAAAUGAGUUACGACAAUCCAUCUGCGAAUCCGACCUCAUGCAAGAAGAUAUCACGGAGGAGAGCAAAAAGAAUCACGCGAGGAGGAAACGACGCGCCAAGUCGCAGAGCAGGUUGCCGUACAAAAAGCACCAGGAAGAGCGAUUCUCCUUCUUGGGCUUCCGCACCUCGACGCCUCGAAAAACGCGACCUUCUGAGUGGUCGAAGGAGGACUCGGUUCAUCAAGAGGACGCGAUGCCUUACGACUAUCGAUGGGAGAGGGGCAGCAAAUAUUUCCUCCAAGAAAGCCGCAGUCUCGAUCAUCAAAGAGCCGGCAAUCACACAGAGAUGACACCUCAAGCCGCUGACACGAUCCUAAAGAAGGACGCGCGAUUCGACAGUAUCACGCCGUCCAGCUGCCUGGCGGCGAAAUUCCGUGCGAUGCAGGACAGAUAUUUGAAGAGCUCGACGAGCAGGCUGAUCGCCAAGAUCUACAGGAAAGACUGCAAGGACCAACGAGAGAGACGAAGACUGCGUAGCUUCUCGUACGGCACAUUGCCGGGUCUUGAAGAAUUGCGGACAAACCCACUCUAUGAGAAUCACUUGGAUCAGGACGACAAUGACUCCGGCAUCCUGGACAACGAUUCCGCCACCAGCUCGCUUCUCGACGACAGAUGCAGCAGCGGCGCUUCCGGGCCGCUCAAUGGCAGCGGUAGCCAUCACAACGAUUCUUACCUAGGCUCACCUCCUCAGCUUCCACCCAGAAGACCUUUCUCCACCGCCGUAGUGGACGUCGACCGAGCCGCGCGACUGUUCUCUAGUUUGGACAUGUAUCACGACGAGGUGAAAGACCUCGUCACCGAGACGAGUCUCAUUGACGAGUACUCGAGCAUCUGCCAAGCAGCAAACGGUACAUUGAUAGAUCAACGUCAGGUCUCCGCUCAAGUCUCCGUGGAGAAGGACAAAACGGAUCAAAUAAGAAAAGGGAGAAACGCGGAUGAGAAUUCCAGGCGGAAGCGAAGCGGUAUCGGCCUGCAGGCAAUCAAAAGUAAGACCUGCGUGACGGAAACGAUGGUCGUGAAGCUGCUCAAGGAGACGUCCGAUCAGUGUCUAGGGAUCUUCAUAGCGAAAACUGCAGAGUCCAAUCCGGGUUACUUGGUGGCUCACGUGGUGCCGAAUGGAUUGGCCGACAAAGAAGGUACCUUGAGAAUCGGGGACGAGAUUCUCAUCGUCAACGGGAAGAGAUUACGCGGUCUGUGCAUGGCAGAGGCCAGGAGGAUCCUGGGUAAUGGUAGUGGGCCCGGUGACGUCGACAUCGUCGUCUCCAGAUUUUCGGAUGUUGAUCAACGUGCGAGACGGCUGAAGGAAAGCAGCGUGGAUUACGAGAACGUCAGCAUGGAGGAUGGUCAUGGAACUAUCGUCGAGACUUCACCCGGCUCGCACUUCAGGAAGCAUCAGGCUACAAAGAGUCAGCGCGACAGGAAAGACGAGUCAAACAGAUCGAACUCGUCGGAGAAAUUCACGACGAGCAUUGACUGCGGGUUGACACGCAGCGUCUCUAAGUUCUGCACUCUUCCUAGAAGACCAAGGAACACCGUGUCCACAUUCCUCACGGUGGUAUUCGAGAAGGGGACCGGAAAAAAGUCCUUGGGAUUUACUAUUGUUGGCGGAAGGGACAGUCCGAAAGGAAGCAUCGGUAUCUUCAUCAAGUCGGUACUGCCUGGUGGACAGGCCGCCGAAGAUGGCCGUUUGCGCGCAGGGGAUGAAAUAUUGGCUCUGAAUGGCCAUGUUUGUCACGACUUGACACACCGAGAAGCCGUACAGCUUUUCCGCAACAUUAAAAGUGGACCAGUUGCUUUACAUCUGUGUAGACGUGUGAAAAAUCGUGAAACGCAGGUACCGAAAGCCAAGUCGUGUGCAGAUCUUUUGCUCAUAGACACGUGAAAAUAUCGUUCGUUGAAGGCAAAUUGAAUGCGUUACAACAAAACAUGUAUAAAUAUGAAUCAUGUAUAUAGUGUACAUUAUCAAAACUCGCUGG